CUCACUUAGGCGCAGUACAAAACAAACUUCUAAACCUUACCACCAAUCAAAAACAAAGCAACGGUCCCUUCCCAUUAAUACAUUCACAUCCAUUUCCAUAAAUUUUGUCUACUCUUCUUCUUCUCCUUCACUUCUAACGUUGCAGCAAUGUCUUCCUCUUCACGCACACUCCUCUUCCUCUUCACGCUCUCCCUUCUCUUCUCCCUCAUAUACGCCCAUGGCGGCCACGACGACGACGACGGCGGCGACGGUGAACCCGACUCCAACGAGGUUCCCGUUGACCUCCACUCGAGGACUUUGAUCCUGGCGAAGGUGUGGUGUCUGAUCGUGAUCUUUUUGGCCACGUUCGUGUCUGGGGUGUCUCCCUAUGUGUUGAAAUGGAACGAGGGGUUCUUGGUUCUGGGGACCCAGUUCGCUGGAGGAGUGUUUCUGGGAACUGCCAUGAUGCAUUUUCUCAGUGAUGCUAACGAGACUUUCGGGGAUUUGACUACCACAGAGUACCCUUUCGCGUUCAUGCUGGCUUGUGCCGGCUAUUUGCUGACCAUGCUUGCUGAUUCUGUCAUUUCUUCGGUUUUAGCGAAGGUGGGGCGUGAUGGAGAUGCAGUAGAUGUCGAAGUUCAAGGUUGGUACUCUGGCUUCUGCUUGUGUUGGCUCGUUGAAUGGUAUGCGAAAAUGAAAAUGUGAUUCAGUUAGAAUUGCUACUACUACUGCUAUAAGUAUUUUACUGUGUUGAGUCGUGCUUUUUUUCAGGGAAUAACAGUGUUAUGUUUUUUGGGUAAAUAAGUAUCGAAUGGAAUAGUAAAUAUGUUUUCAAAA